AAAGCCAAAAAUGGCAAUAAUAACAGACAAAAAAGUCCAAACAAUUAAAAAAAAAACUAAUAAAACAACAACAACAAAAAGCCUAAAAAAAUGCCUGCAUGGAAAAAUAAAUAUAAAGACACGAUAGUUGAUUAUUUUAAAGAUAAAAACUAAAAUUAAGAUGAUGACUAAAUGUUCAAUAAAAUGCCUAUUUUAAGAGAAAAUAAACCCUAAAUAUAAAACAAGAAAAUCCAAAAGAAAAAAAUCUAAAAAAAAAUUAAUAACGACUUUGUAGAUUCAGAUGAAGAAUUCGAAAGAAUGAUAAAUUCAACUUAAAAAAAAUAAAAGAAUAACUAAUAAUAGGAAAUUUUCGGAACUUAAGAAACUUUCUUUGCACCGUUGACAGCCUCUUUUUCUUCUUUUUUCAUUAAUAAUAAAGACGAAUUUCUUUCUUUAGAAAAAGUUCCGACAAUAAAAUAUUAACUUGGAACAUAAGUAUUAUGCAGUGUUAAUGAAUAUGGACUAAAAGGUUAAUUUUUAAUAGUUAAUCUUUCCAGAAAUAAAAAAGCUUUCUUAACAAUUGCUGAUGCUGUCGAAGAAAAAAAUGAAGAAUCGGAUCUCAGAAUUUACAAUUAAGGCGAAUAUUUAAUCGGAGAAAUAGUUAAUAGUAUAAAAGAAGGUAACAGUAAUAUAUCAAUAAAGCCUUCUGUAGUAAAUGAGGGCCUAUAAUUUAAUGAAAUAUACGAAAACAUGCUUUUACAAGGAAAAGUAUUGACCAAAGAAGAAUAUGGUAUAAAAGUAGUAUUCCAUACUUCUUAAUAAUACAUCGGCUUUUUGAAAAAAGAUAAAAAUGUAUGUGAGGAUGACUAAUACGAAGAUUUAGAAGAAGGUCGUGUUUAUAUGUUUAGAGUUGAAAAGAAAGAGAACAAUAAAAAAUUGUUAUAUUUAUCAUUAAAAUAUACUACAUAAGAGAUUAAAGAAAGUAUUUUGAAUCCCAGUAUAGACAUAGAAGAUGGUUCUGAUUUCCAUCAUUUGGCUAAACCAGGGAAUUUGGUUAAUUGUUUAAUUAUUAAAGUACUUUCAAACGGUUUAGUAGUCCGCUUUUUCAAAUAGUUUAUUGGAUUUAUUUUUGAAGACCAUUUGGAUAAUAACUAACCUGAAAGUUAUAAAGUAAAAGAAAGGAUUUUGGCAAGAAUUAUUGCUGCAAACUUUGAUUAAAAACAUAUCAAUUUGUCUGCAAAAAAAGUGCAUGUAGAUUUACAAGCAUUCAACUAAUCUUAUAAAUAUAAACCAGGAGAUGUUUUUACUUAAGGAUUUAAAAUCAAAAAAGUACUCUAUGGAGAUUCUUACCUAGUUAAAAUAUAAAAUACAUCCAUAGAUAAUGGUUUUUUACAUAAAAACUAACUGCAUGCAGAUAAAGAAUCAUUUAAAGAAGGAUAAAAUUACACUAAAGCUUUAAAAUUAAAAGAAAUUAAUUACUUUGAGCAUUUUCCUAUUUUCACAGCAAAAGAAGAAUUUGUCAAAAAUGUCAAAAAUUGGACAGAUUUAAGACCUGGAAUGGUUUUGAAUGUAAAAGUAGAAAAAAUAAUACAAGGACAUUAAAAUCAAUACAAAGUAAAAGUGGAAAUUAACGAAAACAUAAAAGGAAUUAUAGACUAUCUAAAUACUUAAGAUCACCCUUAAAGUAAAAACUUAAACUUUAAAGAAGGAAAAAGAGUUACAGUGAGAAUUUUGAGUGUAAAUUUGGAAGAAAAAAAGCUGAAAUUAACUGCUAAAUAAACCCUUGUGAAUGCCCCAGAAGAUUGUAUAAUAAAAAGUUGGGAAAAUAUAUAGUAAAAUAACAAAUAUUUGGGUUAUAUUUCUGGAAAAACUGACUUUGGAUAUAUUAUUUAAUUCUUUAAUAAUGUUAAAGGUUUACUCACAUACAAAGAUAUUGAAAAUCUGAAUAAAAAAAAUAGAAAUGAUUACAAAAUAGGCUAGAUUUUGGAAACUUAUGUAGUAUUUAUUAAUCCCCUAAAUUAAAAAUUAGCACUUUCUUUAACUGAAAAAGGCUUCUAGGAAGCUUAAAAUUAAAAGAAAAAUAAUACUUCCAGAAAAACAGUUUUUGAAAUGUAAUCUUUAAAUAAUGAAGAUGUGGAACUAAAUGUCAACGAAGGAGAUAUUUGUGAAUAUAAAGUUGAUUCUAAUAACAUUUACAAAGAUGUCAUUGUUCUUUUUAACGAAAACCAUAAGGCUAUUUUACCUUUAGAACAUCUAUCGGACUUCUAAUGGCAUUAUGAAAUCUUAAAUGAACAUUUAAGAAGUACUAAAGGUAGUUUAAAGUGCAAAAUAAUCAAUAUUUUUCCAAAUAAAAAUGUCCUUGUGUCUGCUAAAGCCUCUCUUUUAUCAAACAUGAACCCUAAUUGUGUUGAAGACAUAAAAAAUGGGUAUAUUUAUACCGGUUAUAUUGAUAGAGGAGCAAGAAAAGGUAUCGUAGUGAAAUUUAAUGAAAGAAUAAAGAUAUUUGUGGGAAAAGAAAGUUUUGAAGAGAACGUGCAAUUCAAUACUUAUGACAGUGUAGCUGUUUUAGUAAAAAAUAUUGAAAAUAAUAAAAUAAAUGCUACUUUAUUGAACGAGAAUAUUUUCAGACAUAAAAUGAGUAAAAAAAUAUCAUUUUUUUCUAAUCUUUUUACUGAAUAAUAUGCUGUAUUAUAAGACAAGAACAAAAAAGUUUGGUAAAAAUUCAAAGUAGGAAAUUAUUUAAAUACAACAGUCCAUAUAAUAAAAGAUUUCGGAAUAAUAACAAAAAUAGAAGGAAAUGAUUCUUUAACAGGAUUUAUUUUAAUUGAGCAUUUAAUGAAUAACGAAGCCUAAUAAAAAAUAGAAAUUUGGGAAGGAAAAAAAAUCUAAUGUAAAAUAAUAGAUAUUGAUUUUGAAAAAGAAGUGCUCGAUUUAAUCCCUGUAGAUUUUUUACCUUUAAAAUAAUUAAUUAAUAAUAAGUAAAAUUUGGAUGAGUUUUUCAAUGGAAAUUUCUAAAAUAUUCCUAUAAUAGAAGAAGUUAAAGUUUUAGUAGAAAAAAAUCAUUAUUUAAUCUGCAUUAUUUAAAACACGAAUAUCAUCUGUUAUGUCAAUACUAAUAAUAUAAAUAAUAUUUAACACGAAAAGAAAUAUUUUAAUGAUAAAAUUUACAAUGUAAGGCUUGUAAAUAAAGACUUACUUGAUAAAAAAAAGCAACAAUCAAUUAACAAAAGUACUUAUGUACCUUUAUAUGAAUAAAAAGUUAUUAGAAGAGAAUAAAAUUAAGACUAAAUAAAUAAUACUUCACAUGUAAAUCUUGUUCCUGGUGAAAAAGUAAGCGGAAAAAUUCUCAAAAAAUAAGGAAAUAACUUACACGUGUAAUUAAGAGGAAAACUAUACGGAAAACUCCAUAAAACAUAACUUGAUGAUUAAAAAUAAUUUGGAAAAUUCCAAGAAAACGAACUAAUUUAAUGCAAAAUUUUAUACGUGAAAAAAAAUGAGAAAAACAUCGAUAUUGAAUUAACUGCUCUUUCUUGUCAUUUAAAAGCUGAUUUUUUAGAUGAAAAUAAUUACUUGAGUUAAUACGAAAGUACUUUUUAGGAAAAAAAUAUCAACUAAAAAUUCCUUGGCUUAGUAAAAUCAAUUGACAAAUCUUCAAUCCAUCCCAUUUAUGUUGAAUUGACAAAUUCUCAUUCUGGUUAUGUCAGUGCUUUUGACCUUCCUUUUUCUCAUUUAGAAAAUAUUGAAGAUAAAUAUUCAAUAGGAAAUCUUUGUGAUUGGAAAAUUGUAGGAAUUUAGGAAAAUAAAAAAGGUCUAAAAAACAUUCGUCUACUUCCUGCUGGUAUAGAGCUUUCUGAAUAUAAAUAAGGAACAUUAUUAAAUGUCAAAAUUUUAAAAAAAAAUGCUCAAGGAGGUAUCAGAGUAUAAAUAUCAGAUGAAAAGUUCACAAACAUUCAUAUAAGUGAAAUUUGUGAUGAAUGGGAAGGAGUUCCUGCUGAGCAUUUUGAAAGUGGAUAAUAUACUAAGGGCCGUAUUUUGGAAAGAGAUGAUGAAAAUGUAUAAAUAUCAUUAAGACAAGCAGUCACAAAUGAAAAUAAUUGGAAAAAAGCAUUAGGACCAUCCGGAAAUACAAUCGAAUAUAAGAAAAUAUUCCAAGAAGUUGAAAAGCAAGGAGACUUGAGAAAUCGUUUAAUAAAGCUAGGUCAAGGAUCACUCAAAUAAGGAAUGAUUUUCGUCGGAUACAUUAAUUAAACUAAUGACAAAGGUUGUUUUGUAAAUAUUUCAUAUAAUACAAUAAUUAGAGUUGGCUUAUAAGAACUUAGUGACGAUUAUUUAGAAAAGCCUUAAAUUUCUUUUUACAAAAACAAGCUUGUAGUAGGAAGAAUUACUGAUAUUAAAUAAGAUGGAAAAAUAGAAGGUUCUUUAAGAGAUUCAAUUGUUAAAUUUGGAUUUAGUUUAAAUGAAAAUAAAAUUAAAUAAGGAAUGACUGUUAAAGGAGUUGUUGUGGGACAUUAUCAAGGAAAGGCUUCUGUUGCUAUUUAAGGAUGUAAAUUUAGAGGAUCAUUAGAUAAAGAUGAUACUGAUUUUACUGAGGAAUAAAGAAUGGGUUUUGUAGAAAAAUUAUUGCCCUUAGGAAGUUAGGUUUUGGCGAAAGUUAUUAAGUUUGAAAAAGAACCAAAAGUUAGAAUUAUUUUGGGAAAUAGUUAAAAGUACAUCUAGAAGUUUAGUAAUGAAGUUGAUUUUGAUUUUGAUAAAAAUUAAUAAGUUUCUGAAGAUAUUUAAUAAUUGAUAAAUUCGAUUCUUUAAAUUAAUUAAAGUACUUAGUAAAAUAAAUAAAAUGGAAAAACUGAAAUAAAACUUAAUUAAAAUGUUAAUUUUGUUGAUCCUAAUAAAAAAUAUAAAGAUGAAGAUGAAAAUGAAGAAGAAGAAGAAGAAGAAGAAUAACUAUCAAAUUAAAUGUAAAUUGAAUAAGAAAACGAUAAUUAAGACUCUGAUGAUAUGAGUAAUGAAGAAUAAAGUUAAGAAAAAGAAUGUGAGCAAGAGGAAAGUGAGGAAGAUGAGGAACAAGAAUAUAAUGAAGAUGAAAUUUUAAGUGAAUAAAGUUUACUUGAUGAAGAGUUAGAAGAAGAUGAGAAAAACAUAACAAAUAAAAAAAAAUCUUAAAGAUAGAAAAAAAUACUUAAUCGUAAAAAAGAAGAAGCAAUAAGAGAAUAAGAAAAGAAAUUAAUAAACUCAGAUUAAAAUCCUGAAACAAAUGAUGAUUAUGAAAAAUUAGUAUUAAAAAAUCCAAACAGUUCUUAUAUUUGGAUUUAAUAUAUAGCUUUUGUAAUGGAAAAUGAAAAUAUUUAUUAAGCAAGAGAAAUUAUUGAAAGAGCACUUAAAGUUAUCAAUUUUGCUAAUGAAAAUGAAAAACUUAAUUUAUGGACUGCUUACUUGAAUUUAGAACAUAAUUUUGGUGAUUCUAAGAGUCUUAUUAAAGUUUUUGAAAGAGCUAAAUAACUUUGUAAACCAAAAAGUGUUUAUUUAAAACUUCUCGAAAUAUAUAAAAAAGAUGAAAAUAAAUAAGAUUUAUUAUUCUAAUUGUCCAAAAAUAUGAUUUAAAAAUUCAAACACUCAAGUAAAUGUUGGAUUGAACAUUUAAAAAAUGUUAUAAUUUAUAGAAAUCAAAUAACUAAAAAUAAACAAGAAUUCAAACUUAAUUAAAGUCAUGAUCCUAAAGAAGUUUUAAAAAGGGCCUUAGUGUGUUUAAAAAAAGCUAAACAUAUAACAGUUCUUUCUUAAUAUGCGAAAUUGUAAUAUCAAAAUAAUUAAUAAGAAACUGGAAGAACUACAUUUGAAGCUUUUGUUUCUAAUUAUCCUAAAAGAACGGAUAUUUGGAGUGUGUAUUUAGACAUGGAAAUUAAAUAUGGAACUUUGUAAACAGCAAGAAAUUUAUUCGAUAGAAUUAUUACAAUGUAAUACAAACCUAAAUAGAUGAAAUUCUUCUUUAAAAAAUAUCUAUAAUUUGAAGCUAAUAAAGGAAACUCUGAUAGAAUUAAUUAUGUUAAACAAAAAGCUUAAGAAUAUGUCUAAUCUUUAAUUGGUUAAGAUAAUUAAACUAAAACUUAAUAAAAUUAUAAUUAAAUGGAAGAAGAGAAUGAUGGAGAUGAUCAAAAUGAUGAAGAUGAUCAAUAUAUUGAAGAUAAUCAAAAUAUUGAAGAUGAGGAUAAUUGAUAUAAAUCGUGUAUUUUUUUUUAUUUUUAUUAUUUUUUUUAUGUUUUUAAAUUGUUUUAUAUUUUAAAUAAAUUAUAAUAAUAUAAUAAAUACUUUUUUUUUU